AAAACGCAUUGAAUUUGUAGCCUCAUCUCCCUAAUAUCGGACCAAAAAGCCCAUUCUUUCUCUCUCCUUUCGCUCUCCAUCUGCCUCUCUCCCUGCUUUCUCACCAAACAAACAAACCCUAAUCCAAAUCUCCCUCUCUAAUUCUCUCUAUUUAUUUUUAUUGUCCCCAAUUAACCUUUCCGUGCUUUGAUCCAUCAAACCGUACUUUCUCUAGAUCUGUUUCUUCUUCAGGGGAAUGCAACUUGAAAGUAUUCAAGUAUACUUUGAUGGAUGAUGAUUGUGCAGAUGGAUAAGAUGUCUGCUCCUUCAUCAAGGGAGCGUGCAGAACGCCUUUAUGAAAAGAAUAUUGAGUUGGAGAAUAAGCGUCGGAGGUCAGCUCAGGCAAGAAUUCCAUCGGACCCCAAUGCCUGGCAACAGAUGCGUGAGAACUAUGAAGCCAUAGUUCUUGAGGAUCAUGGUUUUUCUGAGCAGCACAACAUAGAAUAUGCUCUUUGGCAGUUGCAUUAUAGACGCAUCGAGGAACUAAGGGCUCACUUCAGUGCUGCUCUAGCAUCUGCCAACUCUAAUACAUCUCAGGGUGCCAAAGUUCCUUCUCGGCCUGACCGUGUUACAAAGAUAAGGCUGCAGUUUAAAACAUUUCUUUCAGAAGCAACUGGGUUUUAUCAUGAUUUGAUCCUGAAAAUCAGAGCUAAGUAUGGGCUUCCCCUGGCAUAUUUUUCUGAAGAUUCAGAUAAUCGCGUUGUCUUGGAGAAAGAUGGGAAAAAAUUUGCUGACAUGAAGAAAGGUUUGAUCUCUUGUCAUCGCUGUUUGAUAUACUUGGGUGACCUUGCAAGAUACAAGGGACUAUAUGGGGAGGGUGAUUCUAAAACACGCGAGUAUGCAGCAGCUUCAAGUUACUACUUACAAGCUGCAUCUCUUUGGCCAUCAAGUGGGAACCCCCAUAAUCAGCUUGCUAUUUUGGCUUCCUAUUCGGGAGAUGAAUUGGCGGCAGUGUAUCGUUAUUUUAGGAGUCUGGCAGUUGAUAAUCCCUUUACGACAGCAAGAGAUAACUUGAUUCUUGCUUUUGAGAAGAACCGUCAAAGUUACACCCAACUGCUCGGGGAUACAAAAGGUCUCGCAGUUAAGGAUUCAUCUGGGUGCUUGACCAACAAGGGAAGAGGGAAAGGGGAAGCAAAGCCUGCAUCUAAAGACACCAACUUGGAAGCCAAUGGUGACACUGAAAAGACAUCUAAUGUCCAUGAGAUGUAUAAAUCUUUUUGCAUUCGCUUUGUCCGCCUGAAUGGCAUUCUUUUCACACGCACCAGCCUGGAGACAUUUGCUGAAGUCCUCUCUUCUGUCAGCAGUGAAUUCUGUGUUCUUCUUUCUUCUGGGCCAGAAGAGUUGAACUUUGGUCCAGAUACUGUCGAUCAUGCCCUUUUCAUUGUUCGGCUUAUCUCUAUUCUUAUAUUUACUAUCCACAAUGUUAAAAGAGAGAGUGAAGGUCAGACAUAUGCAGAAAUUGUGCAGCGUGCUGUUCUGCUUCAGAAUGCAUUUACUGCAGUAUUUGAGUUGAUGGGACACAUGUUAGAGAGGUUUGUGCAGCUGCGAGAUCCUUCUUCUAGUUAUCUCUUACCUGGCAUUCUGGUUUUUAUGGAAUGGUUGGCCUGCUGUCCUGAUGUUGCAUCAGGCAGCGAUGCAGACGAGAAACAGGCUGCUGUUAGAUCAAACUUUUGGAACCAUUGCAUAUCCUUCUUGAAUAAGAUCUUGUCAUUUUGGUCGACGUCCCUUGAUGAUAAUGAAGAUGACACAUGCUUUAAUAACAUGAGCCAUUAUGAAGAAGGGGAAACUGGAAAUCGGAUUGCUUUGUGGGAAGAUUUUGAAUUGAGAGGAUUUUUACCGAUUCUCCCUGCUCAAACCAUUUUGGAUUUUUCGAGGAAGCACUCCUAUGGAGGUGAUGGCAGCAAGGAGAAAAUAUCUAGAGUUAAAAGGAUUCUGGCAGCUGGGAAGGCUCUAUCAAACAUCGUUAAGAUUGGUCAACAAACAGUUUUUUAUGAUUCAAGGAUGAAGAAGUUUGUCAUAGGCACGGGGCAUCAAAUUUCAGAUGAUGGCUUGUUGACGUUUGAUUCUGCUUUGCCAAAAGCUAAUGACCUAUUGCAAGAAAUUCAGCCUGAACAAACAAUUAGCAUGAGUGUCCUGCAGCCUAAUCCACAGCCAUAUGUGGAAGGGGAUGAAGAGGAUGAAGUCAUUGUUUUCAGACCUGCAGUGCCAGAGAAGCGAAAUGAUGUGCUUAGCGCGGAAUGGACCCCACUUGAUGGCAUGAAACCAAGUGAAGAUUUAUCUGUAGCUGAUAUGAAAUUUUACGGUGGUGCUCUUGAUAUGCGGCAGCAGGCUGCUUUUGAUGCAGGUUCUCAAAUUACUGUAUCCUCUGGGGUUAGCACUCAGCAGAAUCUACAACAACCAAUUCAACCACAUACCUCAAAGUGGUUAAUGGAAGAAGCUGUUUCACUUGCAAAUAGCUUGAAAGCUGUCAGGUUCAUGGAGAAUGGGCAUGUAGCAGAACAUGAGUUUCCAAAAGAUUUAGGCAUGGCCCAUCCUCCUGUACGUUCAGUUCCCAUUCAACAACCUGCAAAUGUUAAUACUAGUGGUAUGUUCUAUAAUCAGACAAAAAUGCUGGAAAGUGUGGUUCCAUCAAACGUUGAUGUGAUAACAUCUGGAGUUCUUGCUGAAAGUUUGGCUGUGAAGACCUCGAUGGCUCUGCCAGCAGGCAUGAGAAAAAGUCCGGUUAGUCGACCUGUAAGGCACCUUGGGCCUCCGCCAGGCUUUAGUCAUGUUCCUCCUAAGCAAUUUAAUGAACCUGUUUCUGGUUCAGAUUUGAUGAGUGGGAAUUCACUAGCAGAUGAUUAUAGCUGGUUGGAUGGCUAUCAGUUGUCAUCGUCAACAAAAGGUUCUGGACUGAAUACUGCAGCUAAUUUCACUUCUCAAGCCAUGCCUCAGUACAUUAAUAGCAAUAAUGGCUUGAUGGGGACAGUCAGCUUCCCUUUUCCCGGAAAACAGGUACCGUCAGUUCAGUUCCAGACAGAAAAACAGAAUGGCUGGCAGAACUACCAGGCUCUUGAGCAUCUAAGAGUACAGCAAGAGCAGCAGCUGCAGCAACAACUCUUAAAUGGAAAUCAGCAGUUCACUCCAAUGCCUGAGCAAUAUCACGGAAAGUCUAUCUGGAGUAGUCGUUAUCUUGUGUGAGAUGAGUAUGAAAGCAAUGGUUCCGAGAAUGACUUCGGUGAAUGUACUGUGUCCUCUUGCUACCAAAUAUGAACUCCAACUUUGCAGCCUUUGUCAAUUUCAAAUUUAAUUUUGUGUUGGAGCAUGGGUGGCUUUGGCUCUUUGCUGGUGCUUGCUACUGAACAAAUUUCGCGGAGCUCUCCUGUAUGGGGAAGACAAAUAUUGGAACAUCUUUAUGGUGCGAAAUUUCCUAAGAAGUAAAUGCCUUUAUAUGGUUACAUGGGUUGGAGAUAGAAUGUGUUAAUAAGAGCAACUGUUGGUUUUGGGCUUAUAUUUGGAGGAGUUGGUGGAAUAAAGAGAUGGUGUAGUCACCAUUUAACUCAACUUUCAUCUCGCCCUAACUGUCAGAACUGCUGAUGCUAUCAUCAUUUGGCUGGUGUUGACUUUAUAGUGCCCUGAAUUGGUUCUAUGCCAGAUAUAUCCAGAUCUCUGUUGCAGAAGGGUGCUUAGGGUAUGAUAAGGGCAUCAGAAGUUGGGACGGUAGGAUUAUAUGGUAAUUAUGAUAGUCUAUAAUGUGGAUGGUUAUGAGUAUGAUGGUCGUGUCUAGAUCAACGUGUUAAAUGUUCUAUUGUACUGGCUGUUUGUUUGAAAUCAUACUUUACCGUGUAUGUGGAACAAGUGACCAAUGAUGUUUUAGUUUUAUGUCUGGGAGUUGGGGUUGCUCCCUAACUUCUGGGAAAUAAACCAUGGAAUGGAACAUAUUUCCUAUGUCGAAUAUUA